AGAAUUCUUGUUGAGCUGUUUUGUAGAACAUGGAAGGAUAUGAAUGCAAAGUUUGGAAUUUUUUAUAAAAAUAAUUUUUUUUUGUUUAUUUGGGAAUUAGUAUGGGAUGAAAUGUCUCUUUUUGUUUUUGAGAGUUUUUUUAGAUUUAAUUUUAUUUUUAUGGAUCCAAUAGGUUACCAAAAAUAAUUUUUCGAUUAGUAAUUAAUUGGUAUUCUACUCUAUUUAUUAAAAUACAUUGAAAAAUUUUAAUCUAAAUACAGUCUUUUUAAGACAAUUUUUGGGCGCUUAUUUUUUAGUGAAGAUUUCUAAUGGUUUUUUAAUUAAAAAAUUAUUUUUUUAAUAAAUAUAAGACUCCUUUGUUCCAUGUUAAUCCCCAAAAUCUAUCCAAAAAUGUCCUUUUUUAUCAAAAAAAUUUUUGAAAUUUAUUUAAAAAUUUUUUUUCAAAGAUUUGAUGAAAUUAACAAAGUCUACAAUGUCGUCCAAGACCAAUUUGAACGUUCACUUUUUGAAAAUCCGAAUUCAUUGGAACAAUUAGAAAUUGAAAUGCUUCGAAAACGAUUUUCUUAUUUCAACAUGCAAAAGAUUUGGAAACGUGAACAACGAGAACAAGAAGAAUUGGAAUUAAAUAGUGAAGAUAUUCAACCUCUAAGGGACCAUUUACGUCCAGAAAUUGAAAAUUUAGCUGUUCACCGAAGAAUUGCUUUGUUGAAAAAAGGAAUGAAUUUUCAGCGUGUUUUGCCUUUAAAAACAAUUAAAGAAUCAGACAAUUCUUUCUCUCCCUUCUUCUGUUUCUGUUCAUAG